AUGGAUAGUGCAUAUGCUGAGAAAAUUGAUAUGCCUGAAAAAGCUAAUCCACCCAACAAAAUUCUCUUCUGCACAAAUCUACCCGAAGAGACUACUGAACAGAUGCUUGCUUUGCUCUUCAACCCUUAUCGAGGAUUAAAGGAUAUCAGGCGUAUACCGAACAGGCCGAGCAUUGCAUUUGUUGAAUUUGAAACCGAAGCUGAUGCCACAGCUGCCCGCGCUGCUCUAGACAAUUUUAAAAUAACGCCAACUCAAACCAUGCAUGUGAAUUAUGCAAAUAAAUAA